AUGAAAAUAUUGAAACAGACCAAAUUGUCAAAGUAUUUUCAGAAGACUUCCAAUAGUAAGACUUCAAAUAGCCUUUCAAAUCCAGAUCACCAGCGACAUGCUCAGUCGAUUGACUCCAGAAACGAUCAUUUCCGUGACUCCAUUUUUGCUGCUGACUUCUUGACAACUGAUCCACAAGGUUUUCAGAAUGGUACGCUGGAACAAGAAGAAGCAGCUGAGCCAACAGCAUCAUCAACAAUGAGGUCUUGCAUUCCUAACUGUCGUUCUCAACGCACAUGGGUUGAUCUAAGUCCACGAGAUCUUCAGGAAAAAGAAAUUCACGCCGGCGAGGACGUCUGGAUUAAAAAAGAAAUUUACGACAGGAUUCGACUGAAUGCGAAGUCUUACUCUCUCUUUGUGAAAGAAGUCAGCUUCGCUAUUAUUGGCGAGUCCAUGGCUGAGUACUCAGUGACGGGAAAAGUGGCACCUCGUACGGGGAUCAGAAAAGAAAGCUUGUGUCCCACUAAACUUCUUGCUGUCAGGGGUAUUUUCGAGCACUAUUUGCGCACUCACCGUCUCAUGAAGGAUGAUGCAGAAAUAGUUUUAGAGCUGGAUGAGGUGGGACGGUAUGUGGGGGAGAAAAUCAAUGAUAUGAUUCAAGCCCCUAAAAAAGCAGUGAGACGCGAGGAGAAGAGAAAGACUGGCAAAAAGAAGCUGGUCCAAUCAACUUCACAACCUGGGCGGUGCAAGCUCCAAUCCAAAUUGAUUCAACGCAUUUCCCGACGUGAAACAAACCCGUCACCAUCGACUUCUUCGGCCAGUCCUGUUACUAAAUGA